CCCAGGGUGACCUUCCCGGGAUGCCGAGUCCCCGCCAGCCUCUCCCCGCGAGGCUCUGAAGGCCCGGGGGCCAGGAGUGCCGCGCACCGGGAGCGCUCGCCUUUGUUUGCCGGUGACAGUGACAGGGACGAGAGCUCUCCUCCAGGGCCCCUCCUCCCGGCUCCCAUGGGGACCACAGAAGCCACCCUGCGGAUGGAGAAGGUGGAGGUGAAGGACGAGUGGCAGGAUGAGGACCUCCCCAGGCCGCUCCCAGAAGAGACGGGCAUGGAGCUGCUUGGCAGCCCCGGGGAAGACGCGUCCUCCCCGCCCACCGCCCUGAACUUGGGGGGAGCUCACCGCAAGAGGAAGACCCUGGUGGCCCCGGAGAUCAACAUCUCCCUGGACCAGAGCGAGGGCUCCCUGCUGUCGGACGACUUCUUGGACACGCCCGAUGACCUGGACAUCAACGUGGACGACAUCGAGACCCCCGACGAGACGGACUCGCUGGAGUUUCUGGGGAACGGGAAUGAGCUUGAGUGGGAAGAUGAUACCCCUGUGGCCACUGCCAAGAACAUGCCCGGUGACAGUGCAGACCUGUUUGGGGACGGCGCAGCAGAGGAUGGCAGUGCCGCCAACGGGCGCCUGUGGCGGACGGUGAUCAUUGGGGAACAAGAGCACCGCAUUGACCUGCACAUGAUCCGGCCGUACAUGAAGGUGGUCACCCACGGAGGGUACUACGGCGAAGGCCUCAACGCCAUCAUCGUCUUUGCGGCCUGCUUCCUCCCGGACAGCAGCUCCCCUGACUACCACUACAUCAUGGAGAACCUCUUCCUGUACGUCAUCAGCAGCCUGGAGCUUCUGGUGGCGGAGGACUACAUGAUCGUGUACCUGAACGGCGCCACGCCCCGGCGGAGGAUGCCGGGCCUCGGCUGGCUGAAGAAGUGCUACCAGAUGAUUGACAGGAGACUGCGGAAGAACCUGAAGUCCCUGAUCAUCGUCCACCCCUCCUGGUUCAUUCGCACCGUGCUGGCCAUCUCCCGCCCCUUCAUCAGUGUCAAGUUCAUCAGCAAGAUCCAGUACGUGCACAGCCUGGAGGACCUGGAGCAGCUGAUCCCCAUGGAGCACGUGCAGAUCCCAGAGUGUGUGCUGCAGUACGAAGAGGAAAGACUCAGAGCGCGGAGAGAGAGCGCGAGGCCGCAGCCAGAGUUCCUCCUGCCCAGGCCUGAGGAGAGGGCAGAGGCAGCGUCGGAGGAGGACAGGCCUGACCUGGUCACCGAGGAUCAGGAAACGAGCAUGUCCUGAGGCGGCUGAGCGUGGAGAAGACAAAGAAGAUUAAAGAAACCCGCCAGACGCCCUGCAGCCCGGACCUGCGCGCCCGUCCCUGUCCCCGGCCGUCCCUGUCCCCACCAUCUCUGAGCCCCAGCCUCUUUUCAGCUGCUUCAAAACAUUUUAUUUUAUUUUUUUAAAAACGAGGCCAUGCUAGAGUGUCCGGAGAAGGUCCGGCUCUCGGCUCUUCCCGCUUCCAGAGGGCCCUGGUGACCCCUGCCCCUGCCCCAGGCCCUGAGGCUACAGGACACCUCUUGCUGUCCUAGCUGGCCCUGGCCAGUGCUGGGCACAGGUGGAGGUCCCUCUGUCCACCCGGCUCCCUGUUUUGUCCGGUGCCCUUCCUUUUGGAACGUGGCCCCCGAGGGCCAGGCCUGGGCGUCGCCUGACCUCAGCCUCACUUCACACCCCUGGAUUGUCAUUCGCCUUGCCCCUGUCACCUCCAAGGACACCCCCUCUCCCUGGGAGACACUGAGCUGAUGGCAUGAGUGAGACGGCUGCCGACAAGCCUGGUCCAGCGGCAAAACCCACCGGCCUCCACCAGAACCCGCUCACGCCCUGUAACUGGAUCGCCACGCCACGGGCACCCAGCCAGGACCUCCUUCCAAGGGGACAAGACCCCCGGGCCAGGUGGGGACACCCCACAGGCUUCCCACGAGGACAGAGAAGCCAGCUGUGGGCCAGGCGGGUUCUGGAAGUGCAGACCUGGGAGAGGAGGCUGCAGGAGGAGGCCUGAAGAUGGUGGGAAAUAAGUCCCAGGUGCUGAGCGGGGGGCACCCUGUUCCCAGCUCGGACCUGGUCCUCCUCCAGGGAGGACGGACAGACCUGCCAGGGCCAGGCCUCAGGAGGCUCCGUAAGCCCAGGACCCGCAGUGUCUGCUGUCUGCGCAAAGUGGCCCCCGGUGGCCCUCCAGGCCGUGUCUCUGUCCCCGAUGAACCCAAGCAAAAGUCCAGCAGGCACCUCCGCAGUGGGCGCGUCAGCAAGUGCCAUCGAUGUCCAGGUGAUCUGGCCCGGUGGAAUGUCCGGCGGGUGUGGACCUGGCCCAGCAGGGGCAUGUCUGGUUACUCCCACAUUGUCCGGGGCACCGUGGUGGUCACGGCCGCUCGGCGGGGCUGCACAACGAGGUGCCAUGUGGGACGACGGGCCUGGGAGCCCGUCACCAGCGACUGUGCUGUGCCGGGGACACUCCUGGGGGACACCCACUUCUGACCUAGGGAGGCUGGACCCUGGGGGAUGGAGAGGUUUAAAUCGCCAUUUCCUAGGUGUCAGAUAAAGGACGAGGACAGUGAUGGUGUCCCAGGACAGACAUGUCACCUGGGGCCUGAGGUGGCUGCUGCCAGGAGACAGGCCUCUGUCGGCUACCCCCAGACCCUGCUGCCCAGGGCCAUCCCUCACUGACCACACAGGGCAGCCCUUCUUCCCACAGCACCUGGUCCCGGGGCUCUGCUGAUGGUCCCCGCAAAGCAAGAGCCACAGGAGGCCCGGAAGGCCCCGCGCCCCCACAGCCGGGUGCGUCUCCACAGCCUGGGCAGGACAGCGCAGGCCCUUCCGGGAGGCCCCGGCAGAUGCCACGCAGCCACCACGGCUCAGUCCGGAUGACCAGGGCAGGCUGCCUGCGGCGACUCUCCUUGCCCAUCAGGACCGUGACCCCCAAGCCUCGUCCUCACUGAAGACCGGGUUCUCCCCCAGUGGGACGAAGGAGCCAGGGACAGAACGGGCCCGUUCUACCCUCCCACAACCAGUGCCUACAGCGGCGGGCGACGGCGUGAGGGAGGCCCAUCCGCCUCCAGGGGCCCGGGCUCUGCCCAGUGCACCCACCGCCCCUCGGAUCACCAGCAGCCACAGGCGAGUGGCCGAGGACCCCUCCCGGCCACAGCAGACCCUCCAGAGGGAAGAAGGCCCAGAGAGCGGGAGGCCGCAUCUCCGGGGCCCCCUGUGGCCAGGUGAGUCUGGACGGCCCGGGCGCAGGCCCUGUCCAGGACACGCCGCCCGGACCUGGGCCUGGCGGUGGAGCUGCGUCUGGGGAGCGGCGUGGCUGAGAGGCAGUGGACCCAGGCCUCCUCGUCAGGGGACGUUGGCUUCCUCUCUUGUGACCCGAGAGUGGCAGUUCGCACGUGCACCCUCUGAAGGCGAGUUUUGUGAUUCUUGACCACAGAAGUGACCGUGAUCCUGUCGUGAUGUGAAGACGCCAUCUCCAUGCGCUGGGGGGUGUGGGACAUAAUAAACUCUCACCUAGAA